AUGUCUGGCAGAGGCAAGGGCGGGAAGGGGCUCGGCAAGGGGGGUGCCAAGCGCCACCGCAAGGUGCUGCGCGACAACAUCCAGGGCAUCACCAAGCCGGCCAUCCGCCGCCUGGCUCGCCGUGGCGGCGUCAAGCGCAUCUCGGGGCUCAUCUACGAGGAGACGCGCGGCGUGCUGAAGGUGUUCCUGGAGAACGUGAUCCGUGACGCUGUCACCUACACCGAGCACGCCAAGAGGAAGACUGUCACGGCCAUGGACGUGGUCUACGCUCUGAAGCGCCAGGGACGCACCCUCUACGGCUUCGGCGGUUAA